AUGCAUAAUUCUACAGUGAACUUCACCACACCUGAAUCAUCUACAAACUCCACAACUCAGUCCAUUGGGCUUGUGGAAAUUCUGGAAUUCUGUGUGUACAGCAUCUGUUUCCUGUUUGGUCUUCCUACACACUCCUAUGUCAUAUGGCUUAUUAUCACAGGAGCAGGAAGUGGAGUUGCAUCAGAGUUUUUUAUUCUUAAUCUCUCUGUUUCUGAGAUUGGUUAUUGCGUGAAUUGUUUGACCUUUGUACUGUCAGCAUGGUUUUCAUUUAUAGUGGAGUUUAAACUAUUUUUAGUAGGACUAAUUACUACUGGUCGUCCUCUGUUUCAGUGUCUGAUGUGUGCCGAGCGUUACCUGGCAGUGGUUCAUCCUGUAACCUUUCUGAAGUACAAACCUCUCAGAUAUAGAGUGAUCUGCUCUGCUGCGGCCUGGAUAAUUAUUCUUGGCUCCUGUUUGUGCAACUUGUAUACUAUAGUUCCACACUACAAUGUACAUAUGUGGUUCUUGUCAGUGCAGUUCCUCCUCUUCCUCUUCAUCCAGUUGUUUUGUCUUGUGGCUGUUCUCAGAGCUCUGAAGCAGUCAGGACCAGGAGAGAGAAGGAGAGAGAGAGAGGAGGAAAACCACAUGAAGAGAAGAGCAUUUUAUCUAAUUCUAAUAACUACUGUGACCAUGGUUAUCACAUAUGCCCCAUAUAGUAUUGCAGGAGUUUUUAGCAUUUUCAGAGAAAGGCUUACUGCUGCAUAUUGGUUUCCUGGUUUGGUUUGUUAUGUGCUGUCUGGUUUUGUUCAGCCUGUUUUUUAUCUGCACCGCACCGGAAAACUCUCCUGCCCCUGUCUCUUAUAAGACCUGCUAUUUUAAUAUAUUAUGGAAUUAAGUUACUCACCAAUAUUUUAUUUAGAACUUUUAUUAUUGCUUGGGAAAAUUAUAAAUUACUUUUUGUCCUUGUCAUAUUUCAUCCCAUCUGUGCAUCUAUGACUCUCUGUCAUUCACUGUUUAUUCAGUAACCUUUAUUUUUGAUUGUUCUAUUCAUAUUUAUUCUGAUUCUGUUUAAGAAAUGUGUGAGUGGUUACAUGAGUUUUUCAUAAUGAAGAUUGUCACCAAGGUCAAACUUGACAUCCUACACAGAUUUAUAUUGUUUGUUUUUUCUUUGUCAUGCUCAUUAUAAUAAUGUGAAUAUUAGUGGCUGACUGAGUGGCACCUGCUGGUUAGUGACACAGAUGUAUAAAGAUUGAAUUUUAUCUGUGCACAUCACUCUACAAAGAUGAUUACUGCCGUUACACAAAUUUCAAUUUCA